AUGGAGUUUAUCAUUUUAGUGGCUUUGGUUACUGAUGGUGGACUAGAGUCAUAUCUUCAAUUGGGGUUGAAGCCGAGGGAAAAUAGUGGUAAGAGGGAGACGGGUCUUCGUAAGUUGAGAAUAAGAUCGUGGAACAUAGGGCCGCUUACAGGGAAGUUCAUAGAGCUAGUUAAGAGUAUUAAUAGGAGAAAGAUUAAUAUAGCAUGUGUUGAGGAGACUAGAUGGGUAGGUUCCAAAGCUCGGGAUGUGCACGAUUUUAAAUUAUGGUACUCAGGAGGCUCAAGAGAUAGGGAUGGAGUAGGUAUUCUUGUCGGCGCGGAUCUUAGAGAUGCGUAUGCAUCCCAUGUGGGCCUGGAUGAAGAAGUCAAAAGGCUUUUUUGGGAGGGUUUGGAUAAGGUAGUGAGAGGUAUAUCGAGUAUCGAAAAGAUCUUCAUUGGUGGAGAUUUUAAUGAUCAUAUCGGUACAACUUCUGAUGUUUUUGAUAAUGUCCAUGGUGGCUUUGGUUUUUAUGGAAAAGAAUGGCGGCGGGGUAUCCCUUAUGGAGUUUGCUAA